GCGCUGGUUGCGCCACGGUUUUUGGUAAACAAGCGCAACGCGCAUGCGCUGAUUCUACGCGCUACGCCAGCUACGCUGCUCUGUGCUGCUUGUCGAUUGAUUGCGCCAAGCACGUGUUCGUCGUGUGUGUUGAGUGUGGUCGUGUGGUUGUGGGUUUUGCGGAUUUGGCAAUUACGUUUUCUUGUGUUUCUCACUCUAUUUUAAAGUGAUCGUGGCUUUAAUUUAGCUCUUUGUCAUCGGUAAAAGUGUGGUACGGAUGAUGGAUAUACCACAUGUGCAUCAAGCUCGUUAAUUUCUCGCCGCGACAACUUUGUGAUUCGCCUUUCUAGCGGAAUAUAUCGCACCACGCUUUGAAAUGAAGAGAAAAAUGGAAAAACAGCCGGCGCCGCUGACGAUCGAGCGCGUCUUGGCCCAGUUCACGUCCGAGUCCGGCGAGUCGGCCGGCGCCCCUUUCGACCUGCCCAUCGACGUGACGGUGGACAAGCUGCAGCUCCUGUGCAACGCUUUUUUGGAAACACAGGAGAAGGUGCCCUACCUGUUCUUUGUGGACGGGGAGGAGAUCAAGGAGUCGCUGGUGAAGACGCUGACCGGGCGCACGCAGCCCCUCGAGCCCGAGCGGGUGCUGGAGAUUGUGUACGCACCCCAGGCGCUCUUCAGGGUCCAGGCCGUCACCCGCUGCACCGCCUCCAUCCCGGGACACCAGGAGGCAGUGCUCGUCGCCGCCUUCAGUCCGGACGGGAGGCACCUUGCGAGCGGUUCGGGCGACACCACGGUUCGGUUCUGGGACAUUCACACUCAGACGCCACACCACACCUGCAAGGGUCACCAGAACUGGGUCCUGUGUGUAACCUGGGCCCCAGAUGGCAAAAAGAUAGCCUCGGGCUGCAAAAACGGCCAGAUAUUCUUGUGGGACCCCGAGACGGGGAAGCAGCUGGGACGGACGCUCUGCGGGCACAAGGCCUGGAUCACGUGUCUCUGCUGGGAGCCCCUGCAUCGGAACGGGGAGUGCCGCUGGCUGGCGAGCAGUGGCAAGGACGGCACAGUGCGCGUCUGGGACGUGGUGCUGGGCCAGACGCGGCUGACCCUGUCCGGCCACACGCGGGCCGUCACCUGCGUCCGCUGGGGGGGCUCUGGCCUGCUCUACACGGCCUCCCAGGACUGCACCAUCAAGGUGUGGAGGGCCGACACGGGCAUCCUGUGCAGGACUCUCCAGUGCCACGGACACUGGGUGAAUGUCCUGGCACUCAACACGGACUACGCAAUGCGGACCGGAGCCUUUGACCCCAGGAAGGGCCGUGCGGACGGCACGGACUGCGGCGCAGAGGAGCUGCAGUGGCAGGCGCAGGAGCGCUACGAGGCGGCCCGUGGCGGCGAGCCCGAGCGGCUGGCCUCGGGCUCGGACGACUUCACCCUGGCCCUGUGGCUGCCCGAGACGGACAAGAAGCCCCUGGAGCGCAUGACGGGCCACCAGCAGCUGGUGAACGACGUGCGCUUCUCGCCCGACAUGCGCCUGCUGGCCAGCGCCUCCUUCGACAAGUCUGUCAAGCUGUGGGAUGGACGCACCGGCAAGUUCCUGGCAGCCCUGCGGGGCCACGUCAAGGCAGUGUACCAGGUGGCCUGGUCUGCCGACAGCCGACUGCUCGUGAGCGGCAGCUCGGACUCCACCCUCAAGCUGUGGGACGUGUCCACGCGCAAGAUUGCGGGAGACCUGCCGGGUCACGCCGACGAGGUGUACACGGUCGACUGGAGCCCCGACGGGUCACAGGUGGUCAGUGGAGGGAAAGACAAGGUCCUUCGCCUAUGGAGAAAGUGAUGCCACUUAAGAAUAAGAACCUGGGAGCAAGUUUUUUCACAUUUAAUAAGAAUGAUACAAUAAAACUUUAAAAUAAGUACAAAA